AAUUUACAAUACAGUAUGCCUUUUAUUAAUGUGAUUUUCCCCCCUUUUUGCAGUGAUUACUUAUUCAAGUUACUUCUGAUUGGAGACUCUGGAGUUGGAAAGUCCUGCCUCCUUCUUAGGUUUGCAGAUGAUACGUAUACAGAAAGUUACAUCAGUACUAUUGGUGUGGAUUUCAAAAUAAGAACUAUAGAAUUAGAUGGGAAAACGAUCAAGCUUCAAAUAUGGGACACAGCAGGCCAAGAAAGAUUUCGAACAAUCACCUCCAGUUAUUACAGAGGAGCCCAUGGCAUCAUAGUUGUGUAUGAUGUGACAGAUCAGGAGUCCUUCAAUAAUGUUAAACAGUGGCUGCAGGAAAUAGAUCGUUAUGCCAGUGAAAACGUCAACAAAUUGUUGGUAGGGAACAAAUGUGAUCUGACCACAAAGAAAGUAGUAGACUACACAACAGCAAAGGAAUUUGCUGAUUCCCUUGGAAUUCCAUUUUUGGAAACCAGUGCUAAGAAUGCAACGAAUGUAGAACAGUCUUUCAUGACAAUGGCAGCUGAGAUUAAAAAGCGGAUGGGUCCUGGAGCAACAGCUGGUGGUGCAGAGAAGUCCAAUGUUAAAAUUCAGAGCACUCCGGUCAAGCAGUCAGGUGGAGGUUGCUGCUAAAAUUUGCCUCCGUCUUUUUCUCACAGCAAUGAAUUUGCAAUCUGAACCCAAGUGAAAAAA